UGACCUUUUAUUUUGAAACGCGUUGGCUGCGUCUUCCGCCAGGUCACGGUGUCCGCGGUUACGCGCACGCACGGUGUUGAGCGCUAGGCGGAGAGGAGCGCGAGGACUUCAGAGCUGAUUGAGACGGGGUUUCUACCGGAAACAGAAAUCAGUGAUAUCUCUCGGAGUUCCUCAGGACCGAACUAUGAUCGCAGCAUCAGUGGAGAUCCUGUAAACACUCAUUCAGAAUCACUUCCUACUGAGAAACACAAGGUGCCGCUGCCGUGAGGAACCAGGAUGCAGACCAUUAAGUGUGUUGUGGUGGGCGACGGGGCGGUGGGGAAGACGUGCCUCCUCAUCUCCUACACCACCAACGCCUUCCCCGAGGAGUACAUCCCCACCGUGUUCGACAACUACAGCGCUCAGAUGAGUGUGGACGGCCGUACGCUGAGCCUCAACCUGUGGGACACGGCGGGGCAGGAGGAGUACGACCGUCUGCGCACACUCUCCUACCCACAGACCAACAUCUUCAUCAUCUGCUUCUCCAUCGGCAGCCCCUCGUCCUUCGCCAACGUGCGGCACAAGUGGCACCCGGAGGUGACCCACCACUGCCCCGGCGCUCCCAUCCUGCUGGUGGGCACCAAGAGAGACCUGCGCUCGGACGCGGAGACGCUGAAGAAGCUGAAGGAGCAGGGCCUGGCUCCCACCUCGCACCAGCAGGGCGGCGCUCUGUCCAAGCAGAUCGGAGCGGUCAAGUACCUGGAGUGCUCUGCGCUGCUGCAGGAGGGCGUGAGGGAGGUGUUCGUGGAGGCCGUGCGCGCCGUGCUCUACCCCGCUGCCAAGAAAAACGGCAAGAAGUGUGUGCUCUUAUAGUGGUGCGUGACGGAGAUGAACUCGUGAACAAGCUCUCGCUCUCGCUCUUUCUGAUUGGGCUUCGCUGACUUCUUCAUGUCUCUUUGUCUCAGAAAUCUGUCUGUGGAAGUUGCUUGCUUUAUUUUAGUUUUUAUUGAUCAAUAGCAGUUUGUUGCCAGUAGGGGUGUGAUGAUAAAUCAAUCCGACUCUGCAUCGUGAUUCUAAUUGUUAGUUUUGAGCAGCAGAUGGCGCUGCAUGCUUCAGAAGCAGCCGUUCUCCGCUCACUUCCUGUUCCUCUGCACCACUUAAAAUAAUCAUUCAGAAAGGUCAAAGAGGUUGAAGCGUAUUUCAAGAGUGUUCACAGUGUCAUAAAAGCUGAGGUGUAAGAACGUUUAAGCACUUACUAGACGAAAGCACAAGCGCUCUUCUUCAUGAGUGUUUGAGUGUGCCAUCUGCUGUGAAAAACUCCGCUCAGUCUUGAUUCCUGAAAGUCUCCGAAUCGAUCUAUGAAUGUAUAUAUCGUGUCAGCCCUAGUGAUGUCUGUGUGUGUCAGGAGCCUGUGCUCUUAGAGACAUGUGCAAUAUAAUGAAGACUGAACCAGGUCCACUCCCAGAGAUCCCUGCCCAUGUGCCUGGAUGUGUCUUCAGGAUGAUUUCAACAGCAGUAUUUGGACCGGGUGUGUAAAACAGAGGGUCUGGGGCGCACUCUGUGAAUCUCCUGUAGAAAACUGCAGGAUAUCGCUUACACCAAAGUCAGAAAAAAUAUAUAUUUUCCAUAAAGAAAUAAAAGCUUUUUUUAAUGCAACCCCCCACAAAGAAAGUAGCUUCUCCAGAAACAAUUACAGAUUUUUUAAUAUUGUUUUAUACAUAUAUAUAAAUAUAUAUAUUAGUCUACAAAUACUGUAAUGCUGUACAUUUCCAGUUACACAUGCCACGUCUUAAUAGUCCACAGCUAGAUAUUUUAAUGCUGAAUAUAUUUUGUUAGCUGUGAUUGUGGUUCAGUCCUCCUGAGACUCGUGCCUCAUGCUGUUUUCUGAGGGGCUGUGUCCCGCUGCUAAACUAGUGUUGGUACUGUUACUUUCUGAACUGGAAGUCAAAACUGACAUGUGUGGAAACCUGGGACUCGACAGCUAACUUCUUCUAUUUCUUUUAAUUGCCUUGUGUUUUUAACUUCUUGCUUUCUCUGAACUGUCUGCCAGACUUGACCAAAGAGUGCCUUUGGACACACAGAUGUUAACUGUCGUCUAAUCAUUCCUUCCUUCGAGUUCAUUGCCAGACUGGAUGUGAGAGAAGUGAAUCUGUGCAGACGCUGACGUCAGGAUCAGGUGUAUGCGAGUGAUUGUGUAGUGUCUGGUGUGUGGUACUACAUGUAUACACUGGGAACUCCAUUUUUGUCCAAAUUGCUUUUUUUAUAACCAAAAUAAAUUGUAUAAAUGAACUAACGGUGAGAUGAUUUUAAAUUAUGCUGAAUAAAGGUUUAGACUCAGA